AUAAGAUCAUUCACAAGCUGUCAAGCCGCUGAAAUGGACCGAUUGUUUUGGUUUUCUCUGCUGUUCACCCACCUGCCACGAACAGUUUUUUCCGGAAUAGCUGAAGGCUGCUUAAUACAGCCAGAGAAGGAGAUCUGGCGGACAACAGAACAAGACGCCGUUCUGACUUGUACUGUCAGUUCACACUGCCCAGCCGGAGGCUGGCAAUAUGAGUGGUUUGUCUUCAAAGAACACUCGCAUCAUCAUCUCAACCUGUCUGUGAGUCGUUCCAAAUACACUCUGGACGGAGCAUCUUUACACAUCAGUCCACUUACGGUUAAUGACAGUGGGAUCUACCACUGUGCUGCAGUGCAUGCUGGAAAGCCAGCAAAAGGAGCACAGCAUGUAGGCCUGGGCACUACUCUUGCAGUGACAGAAGUUAGAGCAACGCCACAGUACAUUCUCCUGUACUUAUCAUUUAUCCUCUUGGUCAUCUACAGCAUAACAGUACUGACACUUAUCAUUUUAAAGGAGUAUGGCUGCAAUAUGAGCUUCUGCAGAAGGAUGUGCAAAAUUGACAAGACUUACUCAACCAAAAAAAUACAGUUCGGCGAUGUGCUGCAAGAAAUGACCAACAAAAGGAAUUUGAAAACACACAAACAAACCGUGGGCAGACACCAUUCUCAAGUUAAGGCUGCAAGCAAUGAUUUCAACAACUCGCCUGAUGACAUCUAUCAGAAUGUCUAUUUGUAAGUCAAGGAUAUUAAAUGACAGUCAGACCUCCAUCAUCCCGACUGAGAGGAAAUUCCAAAGCCAGGAAACACCUGACAGGAGGAUACAGAGGAUGUGACAGAGGAAAUGAACAUAUGAGCAGAGGAUGCAAGUUAGUUGUGUGCUUGCUCACCUUUUCUCAUUAAGUCAAAUAUGAAUAAAACAACAAAAGGUGCUGAGCCACUGUUCUCCUUCUCUUUUAAUUUUUUCAGGUUCUGCAGUGAUCUUAUGGCAUUUGUAGUUCUACCUACAUUCUGUUGAAUGUAAUUAAUAACAGGACACAUUCUAUGAUUACUUCUCAAAAUCAGUGGGGUCCCAAAGUCUGUAAACACCGAGGUCAGCCGUCAAUGUACUUUGUGUCGACUGUGUGACUGUUGCGGAUGGAAAACGGCCUCCAAGCCAGGACU